UCCUUCACGUAAAAGGUGUCGCAAGUCGCAGUAGCAUUUUGUUCGGCAUAACCUAACCACGACUGUUCGUAAAGUCCCCGCGAAAUACCGCAAUGUUUGGUUUUGGCAAAUAAGCCUCGGAUACAAAGUGAUAAUAUCCCAAGUUUGAAAUAACCGAGUGCGUGUUGUUUUUUUUUAACUGUUUAUGGGUAAAAAGACCUUUCGAAGGAAUUGAAUAAGAAUACCUGCAUCAGCAAAAACAAUUGGUAUGAGGUGGAAAAUAUCUGCGCUAUGGACUGUCCUUUUCUGCGCUACUUGCCUUACCUCAGCACAAGAUACAAAUCAAUUUAGGUAUAACCCUUCAAGUGUGCCCCCCACUGAUCAAUUUAGAGGAAAUCAGCAUCCAGACCCGCAAUAUGGCGGCGGUCCAGAUCAUAAUUCUCUGGAUCCUUCUGAACCUUAUGGGAGAGAUAGAGAUCACUAUAGUGAUCCUGGGAAUCUCGAUUAUAAUACACCUUAUAAAAAUCCUUCGGAAUAUGAUCGGCGGCAGCAACAUUCCACUAUCAUUAAAGAGGCCACCUAUUUUAUAGUAGCUUCGAGACUAGUACGUCCAGGUCAAUUGUACAGGGUGUCUGUCACGAUCUUAAAAGAAAAGCAGCCUCUGAGUGUUAGAGCGUCAAUUUCUCGAAAUGGCGUUGAAAUGUCCUCAGAUGUAAAAGCUGUUAAGGAGGGAAUCCCAGAGACUCUUCUAAUGAGGGUGCCUAAAACUAGUGCUAUAGGGGAAUAUAAGUUAAAAGUGGACGGCCUUUAUGACGAUAUUUGGGGAGGCGUUGCUUUCACCAAUGAAACCGAACUUGCUUUUUCACAAAGGUCCAUGACUAUAUUUAUACAAAUAGAAAAGCCUGUAUAUAUGCAAGGGGAGACAGUUCGUUUUCGGACCAUACCCAUUAAUACUGAACUAAAAGCCUUUGACGAAGCGAUUGACGUAUAUAUGUUAGAUCCUAGUGGGCAUAUUAUGAAGCGUUGGCUUUCAAGACAGUCCAACUUAGGUACCGUUAGCUUGGACUACCAACUUUCAGAUCAGCCUGUCUUCGGUGAAUGGAGAAUUAAAGUGGUGGCGCAAGGGCAAGUAGAAGAAUCUACUUAUAUGGUGGAAGAAUAUUAUCAAACACGUUAUGAGGUUAAUGUAACUAUGCCUGCUUUCUUUCUAAAUACGGAUCCAUAUAUUACUGGAAUCAUAAUGGCGAAUUAUACCAGUGGCGCUCCUGUGAGGGGUAAUCUAACACUAAAAGCCUCUGUCAGACCCAUUCGACCAAUCGAUGUAAAUAGAAUGUUAAAGAAAAAUAGACCCAGACCCAUAGAAAGUAAUUUGUACGACCAUUUUGGUCAUAAUGAUUUUUGGAAGGCUGAUAAUUAUGGGCCAGAUAUUAACCAAUACGGCAGUAAUCCAUACGAUGGUCCCUAUGGAAACAGAUAUGACAGUUACUAUGGAGAUUAUGACAUCUAUAAUAAGCCCAUUAUAGAGACAUAUUAUAACUUUCAAGAGGAGUUACCCCCAUGGAUGCCACAACCACAAUAUCUGGAAGCGGUACCUAGUUUGAAAUUUUUUUAUGGUACCUGUGAGUUCAAAUUUCCAUUACGGGAUCUUUUGGCCAAGGUUCCUCAUCAAGAAGGUUUAGAAGUCGUUAUAACAGCCGCAGUUGGUGAUAGAUUUUUAGAUGAAAUCAUCGAGGGUUAUUCCACAGCUAGAAUUUUUAACUCUUCUGUUAAACUAAGAUUCAUGGGGGAUUCUCCGCAAGUUUUUAAACCUGGAAUGCCAGUUACUUCUUAUUUAGUAGCUUCUUAUCAUGACGGAUCACCUCUUUCGAAAGAAAGUCUCGCAAAUAGCUACCUGGAAGUAAACGCUUUUGUGGAAAAAAGAGGAGGUGGAAGACUCGACCUUAGACCGAUGAACCUAUAUAUGAUGGAUUCACAACCUGGUAUUUGGGAGUAUUACAUUGACUUGCAGAGUGAGUUAGGAAUUUCGGGGGCAAGAGAAUUCGAGGAGCUAGCCCAAAUGCACUCGUUAAAAAUUCACGCCACUUUAAGGGAUGAUUUUACCAAUCAGCAUUCAAGUGCGGAAAUGUUGAUGUUAGCACAUCAUAGUAUUAAUGAUCAACAUAUACAGGUCACUACGAGCACUAAUAACCCUAGGGUAGGCGAAUUCAUGGUGUUCCACAUACGCGCAAACCACUUUAUCAAAAAAAUUAACUAUCUUAUCAUAGCAAAGGGUAUAAUUUUACUGACGAGUGACCACGAUAUGAAUGCUCAUGUCACCAGUAUGGCGUUGGCUCUAAGCGCUGAAAUGGCGCCAGUAGCCACUAUUGUAGUGUGGCACGUGGGUGAAUAUGGUGAUUUGACUGUUGACAGUUUAACGUUCUCUGUUAAUGGUAUCAGCAGGAACAAGUUCCAGGUUAUGAUCAAUAACAAGAAAGCUAGAACUGGCCAUAAAGUUGAAGUGGUAAUCUACGGAGAACCAGGAUCUUAUGUGGGUCUUUCUGGAAUAGACAGAUCAUUCUAUACUAUGCAGGCUGGAAAUGAAUUGACAUACGCAAAGGUAAUUACUAAAAUGAUGACAUUUGACGAACGUUUAAACGGCACUCGACGUCAUGGCUGGAUGUCACACGAAGGCUAUCCCGACGAACUAGUAUAUUUUCCCACGGGCACUUACGGUAUAGAUGUAAAUAGAACAUUUGAAUAUGCUGGUCUUGUUGUUUUUAGUGAUUUUGAGUUACCAAGAAGGCCUACGUUUUGCAACGAGUCAUUAGGUUAUAGAGAAUGUCUGAAUGGAAGAUGCUAUAGAUUGGACUUAAGAUGCAAUUUUAUCAAAGACUGCGAAGAUGGGACUGAUGAAGCAGGAUGUACUUAUGAAAAUAGCACUGAGCUAGCCUUGUUUAGAAAAUUCAGGUUCAACCGUGUUCAAAGGCAAUAUGAAAACGUUUGGGUGUGGAAGGACGUAAAUAUUGGACCCCAUGGAAGAUAUAUUUUUAAUGUCGACGUACCAGCUCGACCGGUACACUGGAUGGUUUCUGCAUUUUCCAUGAGUCCCACAUCAGGAUUUGGAAUGUUACAGAAAGCAAUAGAAUACGUUGGAGUUUUGCCAUUUUAUAUUAAUGUUGAGAUGCCCAAUACUUGUAUGCAAGGAGAACAAGUAGGAAUAAGAGUAACUGUAUUUAACUACAUGGAAGAUGAGAUGGAAGCCACCGUAGUCCUUAAGGGAUCUCAGGACUAUAAGUUUGUCCAUGUGGAAGAAAAUGGUUUUGUAAGGGCCUACAAUCCUAGAACAUCAUUUGGAGAGCAUCAGUUUUUUAUAUUUAUUAACGCCCAAGAUGCCGCGCAAGUCUAUAUUCCAAUUGUUCCAACUAGACUAGGAGAUAUUUAUGUUACCAUCUAUGCAUCUACUCUUAUAGGAAAGGAUGAAGUUACUAGAAAACUUCACGUUGAUUCAGACGGUAUACCACAACACAGACACCAAUCUGUGCUCUUGGACUUGAGCAAUAGGGCAUAUAUGUUCCAGUACAUGCAUGUUAAUAUUACUGAAACUCCUAUAAUACCUUAUGAAUAUGAUAGGUACUAUGUAUAUGGAUCAAAUAAAGCCAGAAUAUCAAUAGUUGGUGAUGUAGUGGGUCCAAUAUUCCCUACUAUGCCAGUAAAUGCAACUUCAUUAUUGCAUCUCCCUAUGGAUUCCGCUGAACAAAAUAUAUUUUCAUUCGCUGCAAAUAUGUACACACUAUUAUACAUGCGAUAUACUCAGCAGAAGAACAAAACCUUGCAAAAACUCGCUUUCCAUUAUUUAAAUAUAGGAUAUCAAAGGCAAUUGAGCUUUAUGCAACCCGACGGUAGCUUUUCCACUUUUAGGAGUGACUGGAACAAUUCAGCUCCAUCAGUGUGGCUAACGGCGUAUUGCGCCAGAAUUUUACAGGAAGCUACUUUCUAUGAGUGGGAAAAUUAUAUUUACAUUGAUCCCAUUGUAAUAUCCAAGGCAGUUGAGUGGGUGCUUAACCGCCAAACUGAGGACGGAUCAUUUUAUGAAACCACUUGGAUUCCAGACCGAAAGUACAAUUCUUCUUUAAACUUUGAUACUAAUGACUAUUAUAAAGCGCAACGAAAUAUUACACUGACUGCUCAUGUACUUAUUACAUUAGAGAGUGUUAAGGACUUAACAAGUGGUUUAAGUUCCCGAGUAGCUAUAGCAGCGAAAAAAGCCAUUUCUUGGUUAGAAAGAAACAUGGACUUAAUAGAAACCAAAGGACAAGCUUUCGACACAGCUAUUGUAGCUUAUGCACUUAUGAAAAAUAAAGCUUCCGUUGCAGAGAGAGCAUAUUUGGCUCUCUCAACAAAGGGCAUUUUUGAAGGAGGGUUAAUGUAUUUUGCAAGAAAACGAAUACCACAACCACCAUUUAAAUUAGAAAACCAAAGGCCAUUUUUGCUCCCAAGGCUACCUUAUGAAUAUGAUAGUGAAAAUAUAGAAGCUACAGCCUAUGCUUUGAUGGUAUAUGUAGAAAGGCAAGAGCUAUGGGUAGAUAACAUUGUAAGGUGGUUAAAUACCCAACGGCUAACAGAGAGUGGAUGGGCCUCGACUUCUGAUACAGCCAACGCUAUGAAAGCCUUAAUAGAAUACACAUCUGCUCAGAGAAUCAGAGAUAUUUCUAGUUUAACGGUGAAAAUAGAAGCGACAUCCUUACCAGGCAAAAGUCAAAUUCUUUACGUUAACGACAAAAACAGAGCCAAUUUGCAAUACAUGGAUAUUCCUAAUGCUUGGGGUACAGUGAAAGUGGAGGCAAGAGGCACCGGAUACGCCAUUCUUCAGAUGCACGUGCAAUAUAACGUCGACAUCGAAAAGUUUCAAACGCAGCCACCAGUUAAAGCGUUUGAUUUAAUUACAAAACAGCAUCCUUACGGCAGGAAUCAGUCUCAUAUCACUUACAUUAGCUGUCAAAGGUGGUCAAAUUUGAACGAAUCUGACCGUUCAGGCCAAGCAGUUCUUGACGUAACUAUACCGACUGGGUAUAUUGUUCAGCAACAGGAUUUGGAUGCGUACGUAAUGUCAAGAAGAAUUAGAAACUUACAGCGAGCCAAGUACCAGGAAAGAAAAGUACUAUUUUAUUUUGAUUAUUUGGACUCUGAAGAUACGUGCGUCCGAUUUACAAUAGAGAGAUGGCAUCCAGUGGCUAAUAUGUCCAGAUAUUUGUCCGCCAGGGUUUAUGACUAUUAUGCCCCAGAACGCUAUAACGAAACCAUAAUAAACGCACAUUCAACCUACAUGUUGGAUAUUUGUCAAGUCUGUGGAAGUUCUCAGUGUCCUUAUUGCUGGAUUUACAACUCAACUACGCAUUUAAAUGCCCAUCUAUUGACAAUUGUUGCUAUCAGCUUCAUAUUAGUGUUUAAAAAUACACGGUAUUACCGUUAGGUUGUUUUCGUUUUGAAUGAAGCUGGGUAGCUAGUGUAUAUUUUUUUGUACAAAGGACUUGGAACAUUUGUAUAGGUAAAAGAGGUAAAAAUUGUUGCCUUUAAAAAAGAAUCGACUGGGUAGCCAUAUCCGCAUAUAAAUAGUCUGAUAUCUCUAUAUAGAUAGAUGUUUUAUACAUAUUUUUUGUAUGUACUGCUUUUAAAAUUACGCCACCAUGUAUUAACUUAUAAUUGCCCUAACAUGUUUUUGGCCUAUUUAAAUAAUUUUCUUAGUUUCAAUAAUUUUUUUAGUUGAAUCUUAUAUCUUGAAUACCUCAAAAAGCAAUUAUUUUUUGUGAUUAGCAGAGAUUACUAUUUUGCUCUAUCACUCGAUGGGAAAAUUGGAUGGAAAAAUAUAUUUUUUGCACAACUAAGCUUAUUCCUUCACAAAAACAUUGUUGCCCAAAAGGCAAGAGCUGCCAAAAAAAUGCUCAUUUAGUCUUAAAAUACCGUCCAUUUGUACUGAUUGUCAUCAGUACUAUUUAUUCUCUCGAUUAUUUAUAUAGACAACCUUAGACUAAAAUUUAUGAUGAAUUAAAAACUAGUAAUUCAAGGCAGUUAGAAAUAAUAGUUUUUGUUGAAUAAUUUUAAAUGUAAUAGUAUCUUCAAAAUUUUACUUUCUGUGCUGUCUUUAGUUUUAAGUUAAAACUCUUUAAUAAAAAUUAGUAUGGAUAGAUCUUUUUAUGUUACAUUAUUUUAAGUGUGAUUUCUUUUUUUAUAUAUUCUAUUCCUGAUCAUAGAUGGUUUGCCCUGCUAGUUACAUCUUUCGCGAUAUUUUUAAUUUGUCUAGUAAUCAUAUGAUUAAUAUUGAUUAUCGUCGAAAUAGGUAGAUAUAAUUCCAUAAAUUAUCAGGAGUAAAAUUACAUUCAUUUUCAUGUUACAUUUUGUGAAUUAUUUUUUAUACUUGUAAAUAUAUUUAUCCGCCACAUACUACUUCUUAAGUUGUGAUAAGCAUUGAGGUUUGUAACAAAGAGAUAAAAUAUGUCGUUCUUUAAUAAAAUAAGGAAUCUCAUUUUUCAUAA